AUGAACUCGACCAUGAAUUCAAGUGUCGCGAGCGUUCUGACGGCAGAAGAAGCCGAAAAUUCACUCUUUGGAUACAAGCCUAUGCUUGCUCCUAAUGCUGUAUUUUUGGCCCUAUAUGCUCUCACGACAAUCGUACAUAUCAUUCAGGUAUUUAUUUAUCGUGAGUGGUGGUUGUUUAUUCUGCCGAUCGGAACCCUGGCGGAAGUUGGAGGAUAUAUCCCCCGCAUUCUUGGUCGCGAUCACGAAAAAUUGAUGGAUCCUGAUAAGAUGCGUGAUACCUAUGUGGCGACAAUGUGUCUACUUAUUAUCACACCUUGUCUUUUUGCUGCGGUCCACUUCACUACGCUCGGUCGCGUCACAACACUUUUUCCACGAAAGUAUGUGUUCAUUCGGCCUAUAUUCAUCAUGCCAUUAUUCGUGACGAUUGAUGUUAUCUCACUUGUUGUCCAAGGAGUUGGUGCAGGAUCAUCUGCCACUGCUGAUUCAGAUGAAGAUGCCAAGCCAGGCUCGCAUGUCACUGAGGCAGGUGUGGCAGUACAAUUGUUUGGAUAUCUUAUAUACAUGAUACUCCUACUCACCUUUUGUCGAGCGGUAAGGAAAGACCCCCCACCAGGUAUUGAUCGGUUUUGGCCUCUCCUCAUCGCUACGUUUUUUUCUAGUUUGUGUAUCAUUUUGCGUUCCAUUUAUCGCCUGGUGGAAAUGGGUAUGGGAUGGACCGGGAAGAUCGCCACAACAGAGUGGUUUCUCUUUGCGUUCGACUCAUCUUUCGUGUUGGUUGCUUGUGUUAUUCUCAAUAUUUGGAAUCCGGGUCGAUACCUGCCUAAGAACUUUUCUUGGAGGUACGACCCUGAACGUGAUCCCUCCAAUCCAAAUUAUCAGGGUACAUUAAGAGAAGAAGAUCCUGAAAAGGAUCAUGGGGGCCCGGUUUCUCCUAGCGAUGACGAACAUUUUUACGAUACAGCCGGAGCGAUUUGA